CCCGCCCGGGCUCCCGGAACAGGAACCUGUUCGUUGCUGCUGCUGACGUUGGUGCUCAUCUCAGUGACGAUGGCUUCUACAGAUCUGUCGCUCCUGGAUCUAACAGAUAAGGAAACUCGGGAGAAACUGUCUUUAUGGGACCGCCGUACGGAUGCCACGGCCCCCCUGACCGAGAAGCAAAUGGACUCUGUCCUGGAGAUCCGAGCUGCGGCGGAAACGCUGUCUGUUCCCUCGGAGCUGCCCAUUGAGGAUCUGUGCAGCCUUUCAUCUCGGUCCUUGCAGUCCCCAUUCACAGCGACGGUGCCUGCUUCAACAGAGGACGUCCUGCUCAAAGGUUUUCAGAUGCUCGAAAUGGAAAAUGAUAGAAUAGAAACUGCACAACAGUUCUUUGCCUGGUUUGCCAAGUUACAGACAAACAUGGACUUGGAUGAGAGCGCAAAGUACAGGAGAACCAGAGAUGAUCUAAACAGCUACCAAGAGCAAUGUGAUGCUAUUCUGAAAGAUGUGAAUACGGCUCUUGUGCAUUUGGAUUCUCUUCAGAAACAGUACCUGUUUGUAUCCAAUAAGACCGGGGCUUUGCAUGAAGCCUGUGAACAGCUGCUGAAAGAACAAUCAGAGCUUGUCGACCUGGCAGAGAGCAUUCAGCAGAAACUGUCAUAUUUUAAUGAGUUGGAAAACAUCAACACGAAACUGAAUUCUCCAACUUUAUCUGUAAAUAGUGAAGGUUUUAUACCAAUGUUGUCCAAAUUGGAUGACUGCAUAGAAUAUGUUUCCUCCCACCCCAAUUUCAAGGAUUAUCCAGUUUAUCUGGCUAAAUUUAAACAAUGUCUCUCUAAAGCUAUGCACUUCAUGAAGGUCUACAUCGUAAACACUAUGCAAACUCUUACCAGCCAGUUAACAAAACGGGAUCCUAUGGGUCUCACUAAUGCAGACAACGCAUUUACACUAUAUUAUGUUAAAUUUAGAGCAGCUGCACCUAAAGUUAGAUCACUGAUUGAACAGAUAGAGCAGCGAGCAGCGAAGAUCUCAGAGUACCAGCAGCUGUUAGAUGAAAUCCAUCAGUGCUAUCUUGACCAGAGAGAGCAGCUGCUUAGUCCCUGCAUUACAUCCACCAAUACUGACUUGACCAAGCAAAACAGCAAAGACCACUGUGCUCUGGUUCGAAGUGGCUGUGCCUUCAUGGUUCAUGUGUGUCAGGAUGAACAUCAGCUGUUUAAUGAGUUCUUCUCCAAGCCUACAUCUAGAUUAGACGAACUUCUGGAGAAGUUAUGUGUGUCGCUAUAUGAUGUUCUCCGGCCACUGAUUAUCCACAUCAUCCACCUUGAAACCCUGUCUGAGCUGUGCAGCAUCCUUAAGAAUGAGAUGCUGGAUGACCACGUUCAAAACAACGCUGCUCAGCUGGGCGCCUUUGAUGCUGUGGUGAAGCAGAUGCUGGAGGAUGUUCAGGAGAGGCUGGUCUACAGGACUCACAUUUACAUCCAGACUGAUAUCACAGGUUACAACCCAGCUCCAGGUGAUCUAGCCUAUCCUGAAAAACUGGAAAUGAUGGAGAGAAUUGCUCAGAGCUUGAAGGAAGAACAGAUGAAGCAGAUGUCACAAGAAUCCGGGUUUUCCGACGUGAUGCUUGAAGACGCUGAUGGAAGAAGAAACAGCAACGCAGGCAGCGUGGAACCAUCUCGUCUGCAUACAUCUGUGUCUCCUGCGGAUCUGCACGGCAUGUGGUAUCCCACUGUCAGGCGAACCCUGGUUUGUCUGUCCAAGCUCUACAGAUGCAUUGAUAGAGCAGUAUUUCAGGGUUUAUCUCAAGAAGCCUUAUCUGCCUGCAUCCAGUCGCUGCUUAAAGCUUCUGAUAUUAUCCUUAAAAACAAGACCCAAAUAGACGGGCAACUUUUCCUGAUCAAGCACCUGCUGAUAAUGCGUGAACAGAUUGCCCCAUUUCACACUGAUUUUGCCAUCAAGGAAAUCUCACUGGAUCUAAAAAAAACGCGAGAUGCUGCCUUCAAAAUCCUGAACCCCAAGGCUGUUCCUAAAUUCUUCCGACUCAAUAGUCACAAUGCCAUACUUGAAUUCCUGUUGGAGGGAACACCGGAGAUAAAAGAGCACUACAUUGACUCAAAGAAGGAUGUGGACCGACACCUGAAGUUCAGCUGUGAGCAGUUUAUCCAGCAGCAGACUCAGAUCUUUGUGGGGAACCUUGAGGAGUUUCUCACCAAGGUUUCAGCUCUGAAAACGAUGGCCGUCCAAGGUGGUCCCACGUACAGCCUGUCUCAGCAACCGUGGGCUCAGCCAGCAAAGAUCAACGACAUUGUGACGGCCACAUACCGGGUGAUGAAGAGCAAGCUGCCGAGCACUUUACAGAGCAUGUCCUUGUACUUGGCCAACAGAGACACAGAGUUCAUCCUUUUUAAGCCUGUCCGGAAUAACAUCCAGCAGGUAUUCCAAAGACUGCACAAUUUGCUUCAGGAGGAAUACAGUGGAGAAGACCUUCAAAUCAUCGCUUGUCCAUCUGUGGAGCAGAUUAACCUGCUGCUGUCUGUGAAUAAGUAAUGUUCGGUGAAUCGAUGCACCCUCUCGAUGGCAACGUGAAGCCGGCGCUUCAGUCAUGACCGAGAGGCUGAGUGGGCGGAGUGACCAGAAAAGAACCUGCACCUGUGCCGCCUGCUGGGACGGGAUUGCUGGAAGGAUGUUGGGGGGGGGGAACAUAAAGUCCAAAGAAUUUUCUGAUGGAGGUUUUUUGGUGCUGCUGAACUCCAUGAAAAGUGUAACUUUUCAGGGUCAGUUUGUUGGACAAAAAUGAAAGUGUUUUAGGGUUAAUUUUUCUUUUCCAGUGGUGGGUUUUUGAUCACAGUUACAUGUCUUAACACAUGAUUGGAGUUAAUAUAAAGAUGGGAUGGGGAUUUAAAGAUAAGGACAUGAUAAACUUACUAAACAGUUGGCAGGAAGCUAUUGGCCAGUAAGAGGCACUAGCAGUCAUAUGCCCAGUUCCCUUCUUUGGUUUGGAAGGACAAUGCUGCAAAAGUAUUUUAUUUCUUUAUUAUACCGUGUGAAAGUCUUUAUACAGUGCCUUGCAGAAAUAUUUAAUACUCCUUACACUUUUUCACAUUUUGUCACAUAGCAACUACAAACGUUAAUAUAUUUUGUGGAGAGUUUAUGUGACAGACUGACAUAAGGAAGUACAUGACUGUGAAGUGGAAGGAAACUGAUACAUGGUUUACACAAUUUCUUUAAAAUAAAACCCCAAAAUUGUGGCAUCCAUUUGUAUUCACUGGUAAGAUAGAGAAGUUUAAAGCAGGGUUAGGUUAUAAAGAAAUGGGUUUGGACUUCUCACGGAGCACUGUUCUGUCCGUCAAUGUAAAUACCAUGGUACCACUGCAAACCUACCAAGACAUGGUGAUCCACCUAAACUGACAGACCUGGUAUGGCCAUCAUUAAUCAGAGAAGCAGUCAAGAGGCCCAUGGUGUAACUCUGGAGGAGCUGAAAAAAAUCCACCACUCGGGUGAAAAAUCUGUCAAUAGGACAGCUAUUAGUUGUGCUGUCUAGAAAUCUGUCAUUUAUGAAAGAGUUCAAGAAGAAAGCCAUAGGAAGUCCUACUUGUAGUUUGUCACGAUUCCUGUGGGGGACACAGCAAACAUGUUAAGAUACUCUGUUUAGAUGGGACCAAAAUAGAACUUUUCACCUAAGUAUCCUAAACACUUCAUCCCUACCAUGAAACAUGGUGGUGGCAGCAUCUUGCUGAGGGAAUUCAGACAUCCGUGUUUCUUUAGCAUAGACAAAGAAGAUGGCAAGAUGGAUGGAGAUAAAUGAGGGGUAUUCCUGGAAGAAAGCCUGUUGGAGGCUGUCAGAGAUUUUAUUGGGGUGGCAAAGGUUCACCUUCCAGCAUAAUGCCGACCCUAAACAUCUAGCCAGAACUAUGUUCAAAUGGUUCAGAACAAAGUAUUUUCAUGUUACUGAAACCAAAUCCAAUGUAGGACUGGACACCUUUUCCUUCCACUUCACAAUUGAACAGAAUUGUCUUGAUGUAUCACAUAAAAUCAAAAUGAAUGCAUUGACGUUUGUGGUAGUAACAUGACAAAAUGUGAAGGAGAUGAAGAAACAUUAAUCCUUUUGCAAGGCAAUGUUAGUCUGUCUGUGCAGCCGAAUGAUGUCGUGUGCUAUGGGUGACUGAGGUCUGACAGCUUUUUUCUCACUAAUCAAAGCAAGUACAGCUGUUUUCAUGAACCUUCUCACCCUACACUUCCAUGUGAAUGUUUUUGUUAUUCUGUUUGCACCUUUUGUAAAAAAGAUCUUGUGUUUUAUACUUUUCUUCUUUUCUAACAAUUGAUUCAGCAUUUACUUUAGCACAGUGUAAGACUUUGCUCUGAACAUGAAGAAUGGAUGUGUCAUCUGUGUACUCUUUGCUUUGUUUUGUCCCAUGUAAAUUGAUUUGUAGAGGUCUCCUAUUUAUGGACAUUCUUAUUAAAAUAGAUUAUUAAUGUUA